UGGGAAAGCGGAAACGGAAACAACGGAAACAACUAUUUUGCACAGUGUUUGCAAAUCUGCUGUGAGCAACAACGUGAAUUAAUUAACUUAUUUACUUCCUAAAAUGGCUCUUGAAUCAAGAAUCACACAAGAAGAGAUUCGAAAAAUCCCUGAAAAGCCUAUCGACCGAGAAAAGACUUGUCCUCUUCUGCUGCGGGUAUUUACGACCAACGGUGGCAGGCAUCACAGAGGGGACGAAUUCGCACGAGGACAAGUCCCUUCAAGUGAGCUGCAAAUCUACACAUGGAUGGAUGCCUCGCUAAAGGAGCUGACCAGCCUAGUGAAGGAGGUGUACCCUGAAGCUCGGAAGAAAGGAACACACUUUGGUUUCGCCAUCGUUUAUCCUGAGCCCAAAAGAAAUGGCUACAGAGUGAAAGACAUCGGCAACACUGUGUCAGGCAGGAAGGGGGAAAAUGACUCCAUGACGCUACAGUCGCAGCGCUUCCAGAUAGGAGACUACCUGGACAUAGCCAUCACACCACCCAACAGAGCCCCCCCACUUAACCCACGCAUGGGCAUGGGGAGGCCCUUCUGAACACAUACACACCUGAACAUAACCACCAUAUCACCAAACCCACCUCUAAACAUACAUAAAGCCUUUCUGAUCACACUGACGGACUCUUACCAUCUCUCAGGAGACUACCGGGACUUUCAAUAGGGCCGUCCUUCAGAUUUGACUCCCCAACAUACAUGCUUUCUUUUUGGCCUUUUUAUCUUCUGAUAGAUCAUAUUUAUCAGACAUGUAUGUUACUUUUUUACCCUCUUGUCUCCCAUCUUAGAUAAUGUGAAAUAAAGUUGCCGUCUUACAAUAAAACAA